AUGAGGGAUAUAGAAGUAUCUAAGAGCUAUAGGGUGGAAAAAAAGACUAAAAGAGAUGAAGAAGAGUAUGAAGAAGCUCAAGAAAGAACAAAGGGAAACAUGCCCGAAGAAAAGGGAACAGAUGUCAACAACGAUAUUCUUGUUGCAUUGAUAUACAGGAAGAUUUUGAAAUAUUAUGGAAUAAAGCAGAAAAAGACCAAGACACCCAAGACAGCCAAUCCGGUAAGGAUAAAGGAUGUUUUUUAUCUUGCAAUAGUUAUACUUAUAUUUGGAUAUGUAAUAUACAAAGUAUUCAUCCCGAAUGGUGGAUACGAGCAGCCCUCGAAGGAGACGAAGUCGGAGGAUAGAGACAAGCCAUCUUUCAGAGAUGGAUCGUCGUUUGAGAAUGUUUCCUAUUUUGGAAAGGAGGAUCUGAUGAUACAGGUCAUCUCUCAAGUGACCAAGAUAGUCAAUCUUCUGAGAACUGUACCGGAAAAAGACCUUCACAAAAGCAUAGAAACAACUCAGAGAAAUUUUUUAUUCCAUGGACCUCCUGGGACGGGUAAAACACUUUUUAUGAAGAAGUUAAUAUAUCUUGUUGAUUUGAACAUCAAGUUCUUAAAGAUGAGGAAUGAGAUGGGGGAAAAGGAGUUUGAAAGCAUGGAUCAUAAUGAAAAGCUUAUCAGGGCAAAGCAAAUGGAAUCGCUUACCAGAAUAACCUUUGUAACGCCAUCCUCGUUGAACAACAAGUACGUUGGAGAGACCGAGAAGAAUAUCCGUGGACUGUUUCAAAGUGCAAAUGACGGGAAGUAUUGGGCCACAUUUGUGUUCAUUGAUGAGGUAGAUGUAUUUUUUUCCAAAAGGUCUGACCGGUCCCAAGACUACACACUAAAGGCUCAAACAGAGUUUCUUAAUACCAUUGGUGGAGCAUGCGACAGGGUGAACAGCACUGUGUUUCUCUUUGGUGCUACUAACUUAUAUGAUGUCCUCGAUGAUGCUUUUAAACGUAGGUUCUCUGGGGUUUAUGAGUUUUCGUUGCCAAAUGAGGAGGAGAGGUUGGAGAUUCUGGAAGAAUAUCUUGGAGAUUGUAAUAGGGAAGUAACAAACAGGCUCAAUGACUUGGUUAGGAUGACCAAUGGAAUGGCCCAAUCUAGAAUUGUGGACAUUCUGAAAAAAAUGUCAUUUACAAAUGAUGGAAGCAUGGAUAAAAUCAGGUGGAAGGACUUAAGAAAGGCUUUUGAGGAUGCAGAUCCUAAGAAGAAAGGAACAGAUGGAAGCAGUGUCGAGGUAGUAAAGUCUCUGAAGAAAUUCUAUUUCUUAGAACCAAGGCUCAAAGAUAAAAGUGUUGAAAAUACUAUAGGUGAAUAA